CCUGAGGCCGCCGAGCCCGCCCCGGGGCCGCCGCCGUGGUCCCCGCCGGAGCAAGGGGACCGCCCGGCCGCCGAGGGCCCCGCCGAGCUCCCGGCCCGGCCGGAGGAGGAGGAGCCGCGUCUCCGCCCCGUCUUCGAUGCCCUGGACCGAGACGGCGACGGCUUCGUGCGCGUGGAGGAGUUCGUCGAGUUCGCCACGGCCUACGGCGCCGAGCAGGUGAAGGACCUGAUGAAGUACCUGGAUCCCUGUGGGCUGGGAGUCAUCAGCUUUGAAGAUUUCCAUCGGGGGAUCAAAGCUAUCAAAAAUGGAGAUCCUGACAGCCACUUGUAUGACAUGGGAUACACCCCUGAGGAGGAAGCCCCAGCCUGUCCUGAUGAGUUUGACGACUUUGUCACGUUUGAGGCCAACGAGGUGACGGACAGCGCGUACAUGGGCUCCGAGAGCACGUACAGCGAGUGCGAGACCUUCACGGACGAGGACACCAGCACCCUGGUGCAGCAGGAGAUGCACGACGAGCUGGAGACCGACAGCGCCAUCGGCUCGGCCCUGCACUCCGAGUGCACCGAGGAGCCCGAGCACGGAUCCCACCCCCACGAGCUGCCCCUGGGCCCCGAGCUCAGCCACUCCAUCGUGACAGUCAUCAGUGGAGAGGAGCACUUUGAGGAUUAUGGAGAAGGGAAUGAAGCAGAUUUGUUCUCAGACAGCUUGUGCAAUGGGGAAAGCAGCUUUAGCAGCUCCUCGUUCCUCUCUCCCAGUCCAAAUAAAAGGCUCUCAAGCAAGAAGGUGGCAAGGCAGCUGCAGCACAGCGGCAGCCUGGCUGUGGCAGCCAUGGAGCAGCCCGACCCUGAGGCACGGCACUGCGCCGACCAGGACAUCACAGACAAGGUGCUGUUCCUGGAGCGGCGCGUGACGGAGCUGGAGAAGGACUCGGCUGCCACGGGCGAGCAGCACGGCCGCCUGCGCCACGAGAACCUGCAGCUCGUGCACAGGGCAAAUGCUCUGGAGGAACAGCUGAAGGAGCAGGAGCUGAGAGCUGACCAAACCCUCCUGGAGGAGAUCAAGAAGCAGAGGGAGCUACUGAGCAAAAUGGAGAGGGAGAAGAGCAUCGAGAUUGAGAACCUGCAGGCCAGGCUGCAGCAGCUGGAUGACGAGAACAGCGAGCUCAGGUCCUGUGUCCCUUGUUUAAAAGCCAGCAUUGAGAGACUUGAGGAGGAGAAGCAGAAGCUGCUGGAUGAGAUUGAGGAUCUCACUGUGCAACUCUCAGAGGAGCAGGAGAAAAAGAGGAAGAUGGGGGACAAACUGAGUCAGGAGAGGCACCAGUUUCAGAAGGAGAAGGAGUCGACACAGGAGCUCAUUGAGGACCUGAGGAAGCAGCUGGAGCACCUGCAGCUCUUCAAGCUGGAAGCAGAGCAGCGCCGUGGCAGGAGCAGCAGCCUGGGGCUGCAGGAGUACAACAGCAGGACACGGGAGACAGAGCUGGAGCAGGAGAUCAAGCAGCUGAAGCAGGAUAACAGGAACCUGAAGGAGCAGAACGAUGAACUGAACGGACAGAUCAUUAACUUGAGCAUCCAGGGAGCCAAGAACCUCUUCUCAGCCUCCUUCUCUGAAUCCCUGGCAGCAGAGAUCAGCUCAGUCUCCAGAGACGAGCUGAUGGAAGCAAUUCAAAAGCAAGAGGAGAUCAACUUCCGUCUGCAGGACUACAUCGACAGGAUCAUCGUGGCCAUCAUGGAGACCAACCCCUCCAUCCUGGAGGUGAAGUAAGGGCAGCAGGGCUGCAGCUGCUGCUGCCAGAGGACGAGGAGGGACUGCAAACUGCUUUGCUCUUGAUGGAGGCCCGAGGGAGCAUCACCUCAGGCCACUGGGGGAGAAGAACCCCAGCAGCGAGGCUUCUGUCGCCUGACUCUGUCAACCUGGAACCCUCCCGGUGCUGGGGGGUGUCAAAGGGAACCUGGAGAAGGAACAGAGGCAGCUGCAGGGCUGGAGGCACCUGCCCUGAGGCUGGGGACUGGGCUGGCCUCGGGAGCCUGGCAGCACAGGGUCCCACAGGACCAGGGUCCCACGGGACCUUCCCUCCUGCCCCGGGGGCUGCUUUGCCAAAGUGUCCCCGACACACUCCCCCAGCCCCGGGGCACAGCAGGGAGGGAUCAUCCAGCUCAUCCAGGUGCUGCUGCUGCUGCUGGUUUGGUGGUUUAUUGUAAUUAACUUAAUGCAAAUGCCCCUCCUCAGCCUGGCACAGUUAACCCUUGCCCUGCCACCCCCUGCUGCAGGAGGGGCUGAGGGCUGGCACAGUUAACCCUUGCCCUGCCAGCCCCUGCUGCAGGAGGAGCUGAGGGCUGGCACAGUUAACCCUUGCCCUGCCAGCCCCUGCUGCAGGAGGGGCUGAGAGGGGCAGCAGGAAGGGGCAGAGCUGCCACUCCAGGGCUGGGCUCUAAGCGCACUUUGGCACCCGCCUCCUUAUUUAUUUUCGCUGCCCGUGGCUCUCUCCCCUGGGCACACCUCCCUUCCUUCCUUCCUUCCUUCCUUCCUUCCUUCCUUGGCCCUGGCAUGCCUUCCCCCUGGCACCCCUUCCCCCUCCUCCCCGGGGCCAAGGGCCUGGAGAGCUGCUGGGGCUGGGGGCAGUGGGGGGAGGCAGCCCCUCCUGGCCUUGCACUGCAACUGGGCUCCUCCUCGGCUCCCACGGCCUGGGGAGGGCUGAGCUCUGCCUUCACCUCCCCAGCUGCCAUUCCCUGCCCCCUGAGCAGGGCUGUGCUGGGGAGAGCUGCAGCUGAGGGACAGCCCGCUGCCAGGGCUGCAGAUGGGGAGCCCCUCCAAGUUCAGCCCCUGCCUCAGACCCCAGGGGCAGGAGAGCAGAGAAUCCAACAGCAGCAGCCCCCUGGGAAACAAAAGCCAUGUUUACAUCCAACAGCUUUUGGGUUGGGGGCACAAGUGGCCCCUGAGGACCCAACCCUGGGGUACAUGUGUCGGGCCCUAAAGAGCAGCUGCUGCUUCCUGCUUGUCAGGUUUUAGAGAUGCCAGAGUGGCCUGGAGACACAAAUCCCCAGGGGAUGCCUGGGCCUGGAGACACAAAUCCCCAGGGGAUGCCUGAGCAAAAAGCCCCAGGGGCUGCCUGGACCUGGAAGCAAAAAGCCCCAGGGGCUGCCUGGACCUGGAAGCAAAAGCCCCAGGGGCUGCCCGGGCCCCUGCUGGGUGCUGCUGCUCCCCAGAAGGCUCCCACACACAGCCCUUGUGUCCCCAGCUCCCCCCACAGCGCCCCGAGGGUGCCACCGAGCCGGGCACGUGGCAGCUGCCACAGCCUUAGUCCCUGCUGGGGGGUCCCCGGGGGGCUGAGCUGGGGAAGGGGCUGGGCUGGGGAAGGGGCUGGGCUGGGGAAGGGGCUGGGCUGCCACCUCCCCUCCUCCAGCCUCUCUUUAUGGACAUCACCUCUGGGUGCUCCACAUCUUCCCCCCACACACAGCCUCAGGGCUGGGGGAAGCAGCCCCCAUAACGUUGUGGUGAAGGGGGGCAGGGGGCAUCCCCCAGCCCUCCCUGGGCCCCCCCUCCCCUCCCUGCCCCGAGCCCAGGGGAUGAAGCCACGUUACUGUACAUUUCCAGAGAAGCUUUGGGUGUAAAUCAGUGUAAAACACGGAGAGGGGGACAUUUUUCUACCUUGUAGAGUAGGUAUUUUUAUAGAAUGGAGGUUGACCAUUUUUUUAACACUUUAAAGAAGAGAGAAAUGUAUCUGUGUAUACACAAAGCUUAUAUAAAUAUAUAGAGACGUGUACAGAGCUAUAAAUACAGGCCAUCUGCCUUCUGUCCACACGGGGUCCUGGAUCCCCACUUCUCAAACCAUCCUGGCUGGGGGGUGGAGGGGGGGGUUGGGUUGUUUUCCUUUGCUGUCUCUCACCAAGAGGUACUGUAACUGUAAAUAAGCACCAGGGAAAAGCGAGUGUGAAGCAAACAGCACUGAGUUGCACAUUGGCCACGCUUGCAAGUGGCAGGGAAAGAGGGGAAAGAGGCAAAAGGAAGCUGAGAGUUGCCCCAAACGUUCCUGUUUGCCCAGGGGAGGGGGGAGGAACCCCCAACAACGAGGCAAAAACAGUGUUGUCUUAAAUGAUGUACCAGUUCUUGUCAGAUUAAAGGCUGUUCCCAUCCUG